UCUUUAAAUAACAAUCAUUCCUAUAAACCUCUAAAACUUCAAGACUUCAUCAACACAAGAGAGACAAAAAGAGAAAGAGAGAGUAAAAAGAUUUGCAAAGGAGUUGAGAAAGAAGAAGAGAGAAGAAGCGAAGACGGAGGAUGCAGAAGACUCUGCACGGAGAGUCCCAAAGCUCCGGUGAGCUGUGAGCUUUGCCACGAGAACGCAGCCGUGUAUUGUGAGGCAGACGCUGCUUUCCUUUGUAAGAAAUGCGACACAUGGGUCCAUUCUGCUAAUUUUCUUGCUCGGAGACAUCUCCGGAGCGUGAUCUGCUCGACCUGUCGGAAGUUAACUUGUCGUUUCCUUGUCGGAGAUAAUUUUAAUGUCGCUUUACCGGAGAUAAGGACGAUGGCACGAGGUGAAGAAGAUAGUACUGAUCACAAAGUCCCCUUUGUUUUUCUCUUAUUUUUUUUUUGUUCUCUCGUAAUUGAGAUUAAUCUUGAUAGGGUUUAUGUAAUAAUAUUUUUUUUUCUAAAGAAAUUGUUGGGAAAUUACAUUCUUAAGCUUAAAAGUUAAGAAAUUGCUCAAUCAUUCUUAAUAUAUUUGAAAGUUUGUU